GAUGCCCAGACAGUUUCCAAAACUGAACAUCUCUGAGGUUGAUGAGCAUGUGCGGCUUCUAGCAGAGAAGGUAUUUGCUAAAGUUCUCCGAGAAGAAGACAGCAAAGAUGCCUUGUCACUAUUCACUGUGCCUGAAGACUGCCCUAUUGGGCAGAAAGAGGCCAAGGAAAGGGAACUGCAGAAGGAAUUGGCAGAACAACAGUCUUUGGAAACGGCUAAAAGGAAGAAAAGUUUCAAGAUGAUUCGAUCCCAGUCUUUGUCAUUACAAAUUCCGUCUCAGGAAUGGAAAGCACCAUCAGCCAAUCCUGUUCUGUCUCCUGCAACACCAGUUCUUCCAAGUGCUUUUCUGCCAGUCCAAGUGCCAUAUGAUGUACCAGAGUUUCAGAGAGUUUCAAUUAGUGGGGACUACUGUGCAGGGGUUACAGUUGAUGAUUAUGAACAAGCUGCCAAGAGCCUGGUGAAAGCUCUUCUCAUUCGAGAAAAGUAUUCACGUCUUGCCUACCAUCGCUUCCCAAGAACAACAUCUCAGUAUUUGUGUAGCAUGCAAGAUGAAAAAUGGAAGGUUGAAGAUGAAGUGUAUCCAGAUUUCCAUUCACCCCCAGAAGAAAACGAAGAUCCUUACAAUCUUGAUGAUGCUCCAGAUAAUCUGGAUUAUGUUGUCAAGAUAAAAGGUGGCAUUCCGUUUGUUUAUGACAACAAAGAAAUGAUGGAACUCAAUGAGCCUCGGAGUCUGCCAUAUCCUGACCUGGAGACCUAUACCCUUGACCUGAGCCACGUUCUUGCUCUAAUUGCAGAUGGUCCAACAAAAACAUACUGUCAUCGGAGGCUUAACUUUUUAGAAUCUAAAUUUAGUUUACAUGAGAUGUUAAAUGAAAUGUCAGAAUUUAAAGAACUAAAGAGUAAUCCCCAUCGAGACUUUUAUAAUGUGAGAAAGGUUGAUACUCAUAUCCAUGCUGCUGCUUGCAUGAACCAGAAACACUUACUGAGGUUUAUUAAGCACACGUAUCAAACGGAGCCCGACAGGAUUGUUGCAGAGAAAAAAGGCAAGAAGAUGACUUUAAAGCAAGUCUUUGAAAGCCUUCACAUGGACCCUUAUGACCUCACUGUAGACUCUUUAGAUGUCCAUGCAGGUCGUCAAACGUUUCAUCGAUUUGACAAAUUCAAUUCCAAGUACAAUCCAGUUGGUGCCAGUGAGCUGAGGGACUUGUAUUUGAAAACUGAGAACUACAUUGGUGGUGAAUAUUUUGCUCGUAUGGUCAAGGAAGUAGCCCGUGAACUAGAAGAAAGUAAGUACCAGUAUACAGAACCCCGCUUAUCCAUUUAUGGACGGUCUCCAGAUGAAUGGCUGAACUUGGCAAAAUGGUUCAUUAAGCAUAAAGUUUAUUCCCCUAAUAUGCGCUGGAUAAUUCAGGUUCCCAGAAUCUAUGACAUAUUUAGGUCAAAAAAUAUUCUGCCUAGUUUUGGGAAGAUGUUGGAGAACAUUUUUGUACCUUUGUUUGAAGCAACAAUCAAUCCCAAAGACCACAAAGAAUUGCACCUUUUCCUCAAAUAUGUGACUGGCUUUGACAGCGUUGAUGAUGAAUCCAAACAUAGUGGCCAUAUGUUCUCUGACAAGAGCCUUAACCCUGACCUCUGGACCAGUGAGAAGAAUCCCCCAUAUAGCUAUUAUUUGUACUAUAUGUAUGUGAACAUCAUGUUACUAAACAACCUUAGGAAAUAUAAAGUUAUGUGUACUUUUCUGUUCCGACCUCACUGUGGAGAAGCUGGGUCUAUCACACACCUUGUAUCUGCCUUUCUGACAGCAGACAACAUCUCUCACGGAUUGCUCUUGAAGAAGAGUCCUGUCCUCCAGUAUCUGUAUUAUCUUGCACAAAUACCCAUUGCUAUGUCUCCACUUAGUAACAACAGCCUAUUCCUGGAGUACUCAAAAAAUCCCCUCCGGGAAUUUCUACAUAAGGGACUUCAUGUCUCUCUCUCCACAGAUGAUCCUAUGCAGUUUCAUUAUACAAAGGAAGCUCUCAUGGAAGAAUAUGCUAUUGCAGCCCAGGUGUGGAAACUAAGUACCUGUGACUUGUGUGAAAUAGCAAGAAACAGCGUACUACAGAGUGGAUUGUCAGAUAAGGAAAAACAGAAAUUCUUAGGGGUGAAUUACUGUAAAGAAGGGCCUGAGGGAAAUGACAUUCGAAAGACAAACGUUGCACAGAUCCGGAUGGCCUUCAGGUACGAAACACUGUGCAAUGAACUUAGUUUCCUGUCUGAUGCUAUGAGAACGGAAGAGAUUACUACUCUGUCAAAGUAG